AUGUCGGGUCAAUUUGGUUUCAUGGCCAAGAUUGGCGCCACGGACGCAGCCGUUGCCACUUUAAACGACCAGCCGUACCUUUUCACUAUUCUUGUUGUCAUCCUCGUCGCGCUGAUCCUUCAGUCUAAGAAAGAACCCAAGGACAGCAAGAAAUCAGGGGCGAAGCCGCCGGCAGCACGAUAA